AUGGCCAUCUGCAUCACCUUCGGAACACAUGGUUCGUACUCCCUGGACCCUGGAACCUGGAUCCUCGUCAUAGCCCUCCUCCACCCGUUCCAUGAAGCCCGGAGGAAUCCUCCGCAGUGGACUGCACUUCGAUAUCCACCACCGGAUCUGGAACCCGUCAUCCCACUCGCAAUGCACAAGUACAAGGAAGUCACAUGCUACACAUGCCGAUUUACGCAGGACUUACGUGACCGCCCCGACAUCAAUCCCGAUACACGGCCGCCCGCCAAUGCAGGCUGGGGACCACAACCUCCGCCGCAGGCCUAUUUCGGAGGGCAGCAGCAGCAGCAGCAGCAGCAGCAACAACAAAUGCAGUAUCCGCCUGUGGCGUCGGGAGCUACGUCGCCACCGCCCCAGCAGUAUGCGUAUAAGUGA